AGGAAAGAGUUCAAACUUGUGGAUAAUAAUGGAAUAUUGUCCAAAUGGAAAUCUCCGAGAAUUCUUACGAAGCAGUCGGAAUUUUUACGACCUGAAUGAAGAGGCUUUGAUUCCUGAUCCUGACCAAGUCAUUGGACCAAAAACUUUGAUGUAUUUUGCUUGGCAAAUUACAAAAGGAAUGACGUUCUUGGCUUCGCGAAAGGUAAUUUUCCUAAUGGACUUCUCCAAAUGAUAUCCAAAUUAUCUUUACCGUAUAAUAAGCAGAAUUUUAUUUGACAUGCACGGUUGGAAUCGAACCCGUGACCUCUGCAUUAUCCCAUUUCAGGAGAUAAUAUUGACAUUACAUGGUCUUAAUAAUUAUUGUUAUUAUGUAGACAAUUACUGGGUAUAAGUGUUUCUGCAAUUUAAUUGGCCCUCUACCAGCAGGAUAUUAUAAUGCUCAUAUCCAGCUGCCAGUAGAAAAAAACAAGAUGGCGGGCUCAAAAUUUCUGAACUCUGAACAAAAAAGGAGCAAGUUAUAUUCGCUUCAAAUAGCAUUAAGAGAAGUGAAAACGCAAUGAAAACACUCUCAGCAAUUUUUUACAGGUUAACAAACACAUUUUUGGUACUUAUAAACUAGCUAAAAAAUGUACCCUAGAAUAAAAAAAUGUUCUGCAUUAAUUAUGGUUAAUACCUCAUGGUCUCUCUAUAUAGAUGCAUGAGCUGCCUUUCUUAGAAUUUUAGGACCGAGAGCAGAAAGGACCUGAUUCAUAAUAAGACCUAUCUACACAGCUAUCUGUUUCACUCAUUCUUAUUCCUGCUCCUUUUCUCACAGGUAAUUCACCGAGAUUUGGCUGCACGAAACAUCUACUCGGAGAAGGUUAUGUGGUAAAGAUUGGAGACUUUGGGUUGGCCAGAGAUAUUUAUAGAUAUCAAAAAUACUUAAAGAAGUCUGCAG